AUGGCACGACUGAAAGUGUUGAAUGUAGCUGAGAAACCAUCUGUGGCUUCUUCCAUUGCCGAAAUUUUAAGCAAAGGUAGACCUAAUAAGAUUAAGAGUUGUAGUAAAUAUAAUCCUGUUUUUACAUUUGAUUAUAAGAUAAAGAAUGACAUAUGGUAUAUGUAUGUGACGUCUGUCACUGGUCAUUUGACAGAUCAAAAAUUUGAUGACCACUAUAAAAACUGGCAUAAUACAGACCCACAAGAAUUAUUUGAUGCUGAAAUAACAGUUUAUGUUGAAAAGGAUAAAAAGAAUAUUGAAAAUAAUUUAAAAAAAUAUUCUAAAGAAUGUAAUAUGUUGAUUUUAUGGUUAGAUUGUGAUAGAGAAGGGGAACAUAUAUGUUUUGAAGUGAUAAAUGCCUGUAGGAUUACAAAUAGAAAAUUAAUAAUUCAUAGAGCUCAGUUUUCAGCUGUUACUGAAAAGGAUAUAAUACAUGCAAUUAAUAAUUUAAAAGAACCUAAUAAGAAUUUAGCAUAUAGCGUUGAUGUAAGAAGAGAAAUCGAUUUAAGAAUGGGUUCUAUUUUUACACGUUUUAUGACCAUUAGAUAUAUUGAAUUAGUAAAAAAUGAAACCAGUAUUAUUAGCUAUGGACCUUGUCAAUUUCCUACCCUAGGUUUUGUAGUUAAUAGAUAUUUAGAUAUAAAAAAUUUUAAGAAUGAAUAUUAUUGGAGUAUUAAAAUGAAAUAUGUGUAUAAUAAUGAUGAAAUAAAUCCUAUGGAUGAUGAAAAUAAUUAUGAUGAUCAUGACGAUGAACAAAUGGAUAGUGACAGUGACGAACGUAAUAGUUAUUAUACUAAUAAUGAUGAUAGUAAUAAUUAUAGUGAUGAGACUGAUGAUUAUUAUGGUGAUGAAAAGAAAAAAAAAAAAAAAAAUAAUAAUAAUAAUAAAAAGAAUAAACAUAAUAAUGUUGUAGAUUUUACAUGGUCUAGAAUAAGAUUAUUUGAUCAUUUAGCCGUAAUUCUUAUAUACGAAGAAUUAUUAAAAAAUCCACUUUGUAAAAUAACAAAUGUUUAUGAAAGUGAGACAAGGAAAUAUAAACCAUAUCCAUUAAACACAUUACAAAUGACAAAACUCGUUUCCAUAUAUUUUAAAAUAUCUUCAAAAGAAUGUAUGAUGUUAGCUGAAAAAUUAUAUAACAAGGGAUAUAUUAGUUAUCCUAGAACAGAAACCAAUUAUUUUCCAGAUAGCAUGAAUCUACACAAAAUUAUAAAUGAAUUGAGAAAAAAUGACAAUUUUGGUUGGUAUGCUAACAAAUUGUGUGAACAAAAUAAAUAUCAGAAACCAAGAAAAGGGAAAAUGAAUGAUAAAGCUCAUCCACCUAUACAUCCUGUAAAAAAUAUGAACAAGUCAUUAAAAGUAGAAGAAAAAGAAUGGAAAUUAUAUGAAUUUAUAUGUAAACAUUUUUUAGCAGUAUGUAGUAAUGAUGCUAUAGGAUAUAAUACAAAAGUAACAGCCAAAAUACAAGAAGAACAAUUCUUUUGUAAAGGAUUAAAAAUAAAAGAAAAAAAUUAUUUAGAAAUAUAUACAUAUGAAAAAUGGAAUGAUAAAAUUAUACCUUCAUUUCAAGUUGAUGAUGAAUUUUAUCCCACAUCAUUAUUAAUAGAAGAAGGUAUAACACAACCACCUAAAUAUUUAUCAGAAUCAAAUUUGCUUACAUUAAUGGACAAAUUUAGUAUAGGAACUGAUGCAACUAUGCAUGAGCAUAUAGAAAAUAUACAAAAAAGAAAUUAUGUUAUAAAAAAUUCAAAGUCUCUUUUUAUACCUACCAAUUUAGGUAUAGCCUUAGUACAAUCUUAUAAAAAAUUUAAGGAUAUAGGUAUUGAUUUAACAGAUCCAUCCUUAAGAGCUAAAAUGGAAAAAGAUAUGUCAUUAGUAGCUUCAGGUGUAAAACAAAAAAAUGAAAUUAUAAGAAAUUAUAUAGACAUUAUGAAAUAUAUAUAUCAAGAAAUAUAUAAUAGAAUUGAUGUCUUAGAUAAAAAUAUUCACUAUUAUUUAAAUAACCCCGAUCAGCUCUCAUAUACAUAA